GGCAGCAACAAGAAAUGGAGUUAGCUGCUGCUCUCAUUUGUCUCUUACUUCACAACUGCUGUGUACAAGCGGACGAGCACCAAGAUCGUUUGUUGAUUGCUGAAAGAGGAAAGAUUGACUCUCUAGUUCUGCAAGAAGACGGAGGGCCUGUCAAUAGCAUCGAUGCGACAGUUGAUGGCGUGGAACGUCCAGUUGCAGUGGAUUACGAUGCUCUACAACAUCGUGUUAUCUUUACUGACACGAGACAGCAUUGGGUGGCAAGCCAACUGUUGAAUGGAUCUACGAGCACACUACACCCGAUUGACAAAGUGCUUUCUUCGCCUUUGGGAGUAGCUUUUGACUGGAUCAGCAGACUAGUCUUUUACAGUGACUUUGAUUACCGAGUGAUUAUAAUGUGUACAGCGAGUGGUCAUUACAUUAAACCUGUACUCUUUACUACUCCAUCAAAGCCAGGCCCACUAGCCGUCGAUCCUCAGAAUGGGUUAAUUUAUUGGGGUGAUAAGUCAACUCCGGCUCAAAUAGAACGGGUAUAUUACAGUGGCAAAGGACGGAAUGUGGUAGCAAGAGGUUUGAGAUCGGUGACCGGGUUGGCAUUGGAUGCCGAUCGGCAGAUGCUUUACUGGAGCGACGGCGAACUCAAACAGAUACUUGUAGUGAAUGUUAAUGGUAGUGAAGCAUCUCAGCCUACUCUUGUCCUCCAGCCAACGUUGAAUGUUUAUAUCAGUGACCUGUCGUUAAGUGCAAGUAGCAUCUACUGGAUAGACCAACGCUCUAACACCAUCUAUAGGUCACCAAGAGAUGGAUUUAGCUCAGUAUCAUACUUCAAUGCCUCACAACAGCCAUAUGCCAUCUCGGUCUACAAUGCUAGUCGUGACGAAGGUUCCAAUGCAUGUUCGGAGAACAACUGUAGCCAACUUUGUCUGAUAGAAAUGUCUUACAAAUUAUGCUCUUGUGCGUAUGGUUUUUUGGAUGCCGAUGGUGUCACAUGCAACACUCCUGAACAAUACCUCCUUGUGGUGAACAACCAAAGUAUUAGAGGAUUUACACUUGACACGUCAACUAAUGAUCUAAAAGAUGCUAUUGAGCCUAUUACAGGACUGUCUAAACCACUGGAUGUUGACUAUGAUCCUUUGACUGGAAAUCUGUACUAUACUGAUCCAAUUGAGAAGGCUCUGAUUGAAAUCAAUAUGACAACACGAAACAGGAGGACUGUGUUGGGUGGACUUUCUUAUCCUGAGGGCAUUGCUGUUGAUUGGAGCAGCAAAGUGUUGUAUUACACAGACAACAGACUGAAUAUUAUCGGUGCCGUUUCAUAUAGCGGCGAAAAUUUCAAGACUAUUAUAAGUAAAGGCCUGGACCAACCACGUGACAUUGUGCUCAAUCACAGAAAUGGCACAAUGUAUUGGACUGAUUGGGGAAGUACAACUCCAAAGAUUGAAAUGGCAGCGAAGACUGGAGUUGAGAGAACAGUUAUAGUAGCCAAAGGAAGCACCACUGUGAAAUGGCCAAAUGGAAUCACGUUAGAUCUGGACAACGAGAAGCUGUAUUGGGUCGAUGCAUAUACUGACAGAAUCGAAUCUUGUAAUUUGGAUGGUACAAAUCGUACACUGUUGUAUGACUUGAAAUCCAUUCAUCCAUUCAGUGUCGCUAUCUUCAACGGGACUAUUUUCUUUUCUGACUGGAUUAACCAUAAGGGCUCGUUGGCUACAAUUCCGAUUGCUGGUGGCACAAUGCCCAUAUUUAUAAAUGUAACGUAUCCACCAUUUGGCAGCAGACCGGGAGGACUGAAGGUCUACGACUCAACUCAAGUACCACUGAUGACUCGUUGUGCCGAGAAAGAUGCUUGUGCUACCGGACAGCUUUGUCUUCAGGAACCCAAUGGUAUAGCAUGUAUCUGCAGAUAUGGAUUUAUUCGUGGAGGAUCAAAAGAAUGUCGAACUCCGGAUCAAUUUGUUGUUUUCACUGACGGAAAGGAGAUCCGUGGCAUGACUCUUGAUUCUCGCUCGUCAGGCGUUGAAGAUGUAUUUAAGCCCUUAAUGGUUGAUGGUAACGCAGCUGCAUUGGAUUACGAUGCAAUUGACGGGUACAUUUACUGGACAAACACAAUAAAUGGAACAAUAUCUCGAAGUACGUUGAAAGGAGGGACUAAAGUUAUAUUGUCUGGUCUGGUGAAUCCCGAAGGACUGGCUGUCGACUGGAUCACUCGCAAUAUUUACUACACAGACGACGGCAUAAACAUUAUUGGUAUGGUAACGUUUGAUGGAAAUUACAGCAUUGUUAUUAUCAAUGAGGAUCUCCAGAGUCCACGAGAAAUCGCCAUCGAUCCUGAGCAAGGUUUGAUGUAUUGGACUGAUUGGGGUCUCAAGAGAGUCGAGCAGGCAGACAUGGCAGGAGGGAAUCGUCAGAUUUUGCUGAACAAUAAAACUGUUCAAGAGCCAACUGGUCUUGCCCUUGAUCUUCAGGGAAGAAAACUGUACUGGGCUGACAGACAACUAGAUCUAAUUGGCGAGUAUGAUCUAACAGGAGUGAGCGGCCCCAAAACGUAUAAAGCACCGAAUGUUAACUUGCACCAAUAUCACAUGGCACACUAUGCCGGUGUUGUGUAUUUCACCGAUCAGAAACUACUUGGUGUGUACCGAUGGGGAAUACGUGAUCGUGUAGCAUACAGGAUGGUGAGAACGAGACUGAAAGUGUUGGGAGUCGUCGUUUACGAUGCCGAUAGGACAAACGGGACAACUGCUUGUUCGAGUAACAACGGUGGCUGUUCUUACGUCUGCCUUCCUGUGCCCAUGGGGCGGCAAUGUGUCUGCAUGAAGGAAAACACAACAAGUUGCAUGCCAAGAAUCGUAGCCUCGCCUACAUCAGCAACUGUCAAAGAAAACAGCAAAGUUACACUUCGCUGUAAGCUAAAGCCGGCGAGAGAAUUUGGUGUGCCAUACUCUGCGGCAAUAUGGUACCUGGAUGGCAGAGCGAUUGCAAAGAUGUCUGGCUCUGAUCUAAUCAAUGACGUUGCAAUUUUAACCGUAGCACAAGUGAACAGCAGCAGUGCUGGUGUCUAUACGUGCAUUGUGAGCAACUACUAUGGCAAUGUGACAUCACAACCUGCAACGCUCUCUCUCACAUCAAAGAGAGAUUUUAUUUUGUUGAGCGAUGAUGACCUCAUACGAGCGGUUGACGUGUCAUCAACGGUCACUACAACUGUGGACUUAUUCACUAUUACUACUGCUGGCAACGUAUCAGCGGUGGACACCGAUGUUAGUGCUCAAACAGUAUUCUACACUGCGGGAGCAAAUGGCACUAUUUAUCGUUCAAAUAGGAAUGGUAGCUUAUUUGGUCAGUGGAGGGGAGUGGGUGCAAUCGGUGCUCUAACGGCUGACUGGAUAGGAAAACACAUUUACUUUACAGAAUCGGAUUUAAAAAGAAUAUCAUUAGUGAGUAUGGAUUUUUCCUAUUUCUAUGUCGUUGUCAAAAACGUUACACUCGUGGACACGCUAGUUGUAGAUCCGUUGUCCGGGUUGAUGUUCUGGUUGGUGUCAGGAGCAUCGUCUCGGAUCGAGAAAUCUACAAUGAGCGGUGAUAGUCGUUCGGUAUUCCUUUCUUCGGUUAUUACACAGCCAACAGGAUUAGCGUUUGAUCGAAAGAAACGACGACUUUGUAUCACCACAAACAGCAAUUUGUGGUAUGUGAGUACUGAUGGUUCUGAUCGACAGCAAUUUGCUACGAGCGUGCAACGAGUGAUGAAGCUGGCUGUGUAUGAUACUGUGGCAUACAUUAGUGAUAUGACGAAUAGAACAAUGUGGCAAUGGAAUAUCACUACAAAUGUUAUAAAUCUGUUGCUCGAAUCGUCCGGAUUACACGGUCCUGUAACUUACUACACAACAAGUGGAGAGUCCGGUACGAAUGCCUGCUCAGAGGGAAACGGUGGAUGUGAGCAGAUUUGUCUUCCAACGCCCGAUGGGAGACUUUGUGUUUGUCCAGACAGCAACAAGACUGCUUGCAUGCCAACUAUCGUUCGUGGUCCCGUCUCUCGUAAGGUAGUCGAGGGUGUGUCGGUCACGUUUCAUUGUCGUGUGGCGAACACAUCAAGUCUUGGAUACCCGACAACAUCAGUUGUGUGGAUGUACAAUGGCUCCAAGCAGAUGACAUACAAUUUGUCUAAUAUGCCAAGUGAUAAUGAUGCCGUGCUGACGAUUGGGUUGGUAACAACAUCCAAUGGAGGUGUGUAUUCCUGUCGAGUUGGAAACAAAUAUGGUGUCGUUGUGUCAGACAAUGCCACUCUUCAGGUUACUUCAGAGUCAACGAGUCCACCAACGGGCACUCCUAAUGCAACAUUGGGUUCUUCUGUAUCCAAUGUGGUCACAGUUGCGUCUCAAAAAGCAAGCAGCAGAGCUCAGACUAUGGGAACGACUGGUGCUGUUGUCACGACGACUAGUUCUGUUGUCACGACGACUAGUUCUGUUGUCACGACGACCAGUCGGACGUCUUCCAGUGCUGGCCCUGGUGUGACAUCUGCUGUUGUAUCGACUCGAAUGCCGUCAACUGCGGUCAUAUCUAAUAGUACUCCAACUUCUGUUGCAACCUCUGCUGCCACAUCGACUCGCAUUUUUCCCACUGUUAGCUCAACCACCGUGUCUACAAUUCGUUCGUCAUCCGGUGGCACACCAUCAGCUAUGACUCCAGUAGCAUCGACACCAUCUCCUCCAGUUGGGUUUUUGGUUGUAUCAGAGACAUCCGUGAUUGAACUCCUAGAUACGAAAACAUUCAAGCCCGUGUAUCGCACGAUCGAGGGUCUUCAACGUGUGGUGAAUGUCGACUGUGAUAUGAGUACUCAGCAACUCUUCUGGGUCGACUCCUUGCAACACUGGGUAGCCAAACAGUCGUUGAAUAGUAGUAGCAUGAAUGGCACUAGGAAAGUGAUUGCCAAGAGUGUCUCAGUACCAUACGGCAUUGCCGUAGACUGGAUUGGUAAACAGAUCUUCUUUACUGAUCAGGCGCUAGAUUUUAUUGGUGUUGUCAGUAUGGACGGACUCUAUGCGAUGGCCAUUCCUAUGUUGUCAGUGGCAAGUCCUACCUCUAUUGCAUUGGAUCCUGAGAAAGGGUUGAUGUUUUGGGUGAAUUCUGGGACUAAAGUCGAGAUAAAGAGAGCGUACAUGAGUGGUUCCUCGGUAACGACGGUUGUUGACUCCGGUCUUAACACUCCAGUGGCCAUAGUUAUUGACCCAGAAACGAGCGAAUUAUUCUGGAUUGAUUCCGGACUGGACCAGAUUGAAGUGUUUAAUUUGCUGACUAGUAGACGAACGAAGCUCCUGUUACGAAGCAGUAAUAUAGUUCCGUUCGGUAUGGCACUCAGCGAUACUUCGAUCUACUGGUCGGAUCGACGUGACAGUAAAAUUUACGAAACGCCGAGGACUGGCUGGAGUGUUAGAGAGAGAAUGACGACAUUAUUGCCACCACACGGACUUUCUUAUUGCAGAUUCAAGCCAAAACAGGGCAGCAACUAUUGCUCAUCGUCUCGUUGCAAUCAGUUGUGCUUUCCCGAGCCCGAUCGAGCUGUCUGCGCUUGCAGCUAUGGAUAUAUGCUGAACACUGGCAUUACAUGCAGAGUACCGACGUCGUAUUACUUGAUAACAGAGAAGGGUCGCGUACGAGGGUUUAUGAUCGACAGUCAAAGUAAAGACUUGAAAUCAGCAAUUCGUCCGAUUACUUCCGUUACUCGACCUUUAUUAAUGGAUUAUGAUCGUAUAACUGGACUUGUUUAUUACUCCGACGUGAUUCUAAAGACAGUGAUGGAGUUGAACCCGCAGACAGGCAAGACGAGGGUUGUCCUUGGCAACUUGGAAUAUCCCGAAGGCAUAGCUGUCGAUGCAUCCGCUGGUGUUGUUUACUAUGGCGAUCGCCAACUGAAUGUCAUCGGAGCUGUGAGAAUCAAGGGAGGCGUGAACGCAAAAGUUAUCACCGAGAAGUUAGACGAACCGAGAGCAAUUGUACUGGACAUUGCUGACAGGAGAAUGUACUGGACCGACUGGGGAGCCAAUCCUAGGAUCGAACGGGCAUAUAUGUCAGGCGCAAAUCGAGAAGCGAUUGUCACUCGAGAUUUGGGAUGGCCGAAUGGUCUCACUCUUGAUAUUGCAAAUUAUAAAAUGUAUUGGGCCGAUGCGAAGCUUGAUAAAAUUGAAGUAGCGACGAUGAAUGGUACGAAGAGGCAAGUUUUGCUUGCUAUAGAUGGAGAGCAUCCUUUUAGUUUGGCGCUUCAUGGGAAUACACUGUAUUGGUCGGAUUGGACAAAGACUGUAAUUAGCCGCUUGUUUCUGAACAACGGCUCGACUCUGCAUCUACUUGGAAUCAAGUACCCUCCUCUUGAUCGACGAAUUGGUGGACUGUUGUUUGUGAACACUUCAAGCAAGGCUGUGCCGUCCGAUUGUGCAUCAAAUGGCGGCUGCGGUGACGAUACUGUCUGUCUUCUCAAUAAGAAAGGGGUCAAGUGCGCAUGCAACUACGGUGUCUACAACAUCACAACGAAGGAAUGCGAAGCAUCUGCAUCAUUCCUCAUAAUGUCGGAUGGCACUCAGAUUCGAGGAGUCAUCCCGAAGUCAUCCGAUGUUGUUGUCGAUAUGUUCAAGCCGUUACAGUCACCUAAGCCUGUAGGUGUAGACUUUGAUGCUGUGGAAAGAAAAAUCUAUUGGACAGACAUCAGCGAUCGAGCCAUUUACCGAUCUUCGUUUGGAGGCACGCGAGAACUACUUCUAGGAAAUUUGUCUCGACCUGAAGGCAUCGCUGUCGACUGGAUCGGUCGUAAGGUUUACUACAGUGAUGAUGGCAGCAACACAAUUGGUGUGGUGACAAUGGAUGGGCAGAAACACAUCGUGUUAAUGAGAAAUAUAAGCCGACCGAGAGCCAUAGUUUUAGAUCCAGAAAAUGGCAUCAUGUUUUGGACCGACUCGGGCUCGAAACCGAGAAUUGAGGAAGCAGACAUGGCGGGUGAAAAUCGAAAGUUUUUUCUUUCCCAGUUGUUCGUACACGAACCGAGCGGCCUGGCACUGGACCAUCACAAUCGCAGUCUCUACUGGUCAGACACUAAGCGAGACCAGAUUGGACGCAUUGAUCUGGGAAAGAGCACGAAUCCGCUUGCUUUUAGAGCCCCAGGGCGUGAUCUCCAUCCUUUCGAUCUGGCGUACUUCGAGGGCAUUGUCUACUUUAGCGAUCAGAACCUGAAGGGUGUUUACCGCUGGGUGGUGAAGGACAACUCGGCACUGCGAAUCGUGAAAAUGGACGAGAAACCGGCAGGUCUAGCAUAUUACAACGCUAGUCAGACAUCGGGAUCGAAUGCCUGUUCGAAAGACAACGGUGGCUGCCCUCAGUUAUGUCUCCCGAUUCCAGACGGUCGACGUUGUGCAUGCACUAGUGACAACACGAGUGACUGUCAACCAGCAAUCGCGUCGUCUCCGGAUUCUCUAACUGUCGACGAAACGAGUUAUCUGACAUUGUCGUGUACUCUGGUGUCCAGCAAUGCGACCGGUUUGUCGUACAUCAGUGCUCAGUGGUUGAAGGACGGUGACGUCGUUGAAUCAUACGACGCCAACAGACUCAGAUACACCGACGAUGUCUCGAUCACGAUUCGAUCUGUCAACAGGAAUGAUAGCGGGUCAUACGUAUGUGUCGCUGUCAAUAAGUACGGUAGAGCUCGAUCCACACCGGCAAACGUAACCGUUCGUAGCAUGUCCAACUCACUGCAAUACAUUGUUGCCGCAGACUUUGAUAGAAUCCGUGCCAUGAGAGUCGAUUCUCGUCCAAAUGCUGUUGUUGAGGCGUUUCCUCCGAUUGCCAUGAACGGACCUGUAACUUCUAUCGAUUAUGAUGUCGCGUCGAGUACCGUCGUGUGGGUUGAAUCUGGAGGUUUGAAUACGAGUAGGAUUGUCCAAGCAUUCUUGAAUGGGACGGAGAUAUCUAGUUAUAAUGAAUCUGGUCGAGUGGAGGGACUUCGAUUUGAUCCGACUGCUAACCUGGUUUACUACACACAACCUGAUCUUCAUCGGGUAUGUGUGCGUAGCAACAAGAUGGGAUCGAGUUGUGUUCCGGUGGUUGAGGAUAAGAAUGAGCGACCGUUGGAUCUCGUUAUUCUGCCCGAGAAAGGAGUUAUGUGGUGGAUUUCCGAUCGCUCAGACAGUCGGCGCAUUGUAAAAUCAACAAUGAGUGGAGACAAUAGCAACUUGUUCAAAACGAACCUUGUCGCUUCACCCUUGAAACUCGCAAUCGAUCGCUCACUCAACAAACUAGUAUGGAUCAACAACAACAGCCAGGUGUUUCGGUGUAAUUUCGAUGGUCAAGAAUGUCAGUCAAAAUUUUUAUCAUUCAAAGUGGCGGGACUCACAGCAGCCGAUGGCAUGCUGUACGUCAGUGAUCGGGCAAAUGGUUCCUUAUGGUCUCUGACAUUCAACGACGCAAAGCCACCGACCAAAAUCGUUGACCGAAGUGCAAUCAGAGCUCUAGCAUUCUACGACAACAAAGUGAUCGGAGGUAGUGCGUGUUCACGUGACAACGGCGGAUGUCAACAGAUUUGUUUACCCACUCCGAGUGGUAGACAGUGUGUUUGCAUUCCGGAGCAAUUGAAGAGUUGCGUGCCUGUUAUCAGUGUGGAUCCGGCAACGGUGACAGUCAAUGAGUCCGGUUCGGUGGUGCUUCACUGUCGGGUGCAAAACGGAUCCACAACAGUUCUGCCCAAGUUUUUGGUCGAAUGGUUGAAGGAUGGCCGCAUCAUGUACGUUCAUCAGUACAAUGACAGCAGCAUACCUGAUGAUCUGGAUGUUGUUUUGAUGAUCACUGUUGCAAAUCGGUCGGUUGCUGGGAUGUACACGUGUCGUGCUAGUAAUGUGUAUGGCAGUGUCAAUUCAUCGACUGUUGUAACUGUCGUGAUGUUGCCUACUCCAUCGACUCCCACUAUUGGGUCUUUGACCAAAACAAUAUCAGCAGCAGCAACAACCACCUCAAGCCGACCAGUUGUCGCCAUAACAACCCAGAAAUCGAAAACAACACAAGCACCUUGGACACCGUUAGCAACCCAGACAAAGAAAUCUUCAAAACAAGUUGCUUCUACAGCCGCAACAUCCAAAGGUAUACAGACGACUAAAGCAAAGCAGACGUCUCGAGCCCCUGGAUUGAAGACUGGUUUUCAAACAGCGCAAUCAGUUGUGUCAACCCAGCCAGUUGUAUCGACGCGGCCAGUUGUAUCGACUCAACAACCGUCAACCGCUAAUGUUACAUCAUCUUCAACUGCUAGACAAAAAGGCUCCGAGACUUUCACAAACUUGCCAACAGUAAAGACAUCUAGUCAAGUUUCGACCGUAACGAGUCGUGCUACUUCAUCUAGACCUUCAGAGAGCAUCUCUGCGAGUCCACCAGCAGAGUCAAGCAAGGGAUCGUCGUCGACUACUGUAGUAGUCGCGAUCGUGAUCGUCGUUCUCAUUCUGUUGAUUCUCUUGGUUGUACUUGCUGUCCUCCUGAUUGUCAAACGAAGACGCAAAUCAAGAUCCUACAAUCUCAACAGAGUGCAAGUACAGCCACGUAUACAGACGACAGCUCAGUUUGAUAAUCCAUCAUUCGGCUACAGAACAAUGAACAAUGAGGGUCUUGACGAUGAGACGAUCAUCGACCCAUACAAAAUCCCAGAAAUGCCCGACAUUGAAUGGGAGCAGGUGGUGAUUUCAGAGCCACCAUCAAAGGAGGACAAGGACAACAAAAAGCUGAUAUAUUGUCGGGUUUUCCAAGAGACCGUAUUUUCUGAUCUCCACGUCAUUCGUCAGUCGUUCGAGAACGAGAUGCUGCUCUACGUGCUCGUUACAGGAAUCCUUAGCUUUCUGGACUCUCGUCCUUGCGCUGCCAACGAGUUCGACCCGUUGCUUGUGGUGGCAGAGAAGUCACGCCUCGAGCUUCUAUCUGCUGACGGAAAUGUCUCCUCAGCCGGCGUCUUUUCGCCUUCCUCGUUACCUGUUGCCAUCGAUGUGACGACUGCAGCGGAAAGACUAUUUUGGAGCGACAAAUGGUCGAAGACCAUAUCGUCCAGCCGUUUGAAUGGCAGCGACAGCAAAGUAGUCGUGAGGAAACUGUCGGCUCCCGACGGUCUGGCUAUUGAUUGGAUAUCCAAUCAACUUUUUUUCACUGAUGGCGAGCUGAAUGCCAUCGGAGUGAGCGACUUUGUUGGUCGACACACCAUCAUCAUCCUUGAUGAUUUGGAUAAACCGAGAGCGAUUGCCGUGGAUCCCGAGGGUGGAUACAUCUAUUGGACGGAAUGGGGUGCGACGCCCAAGAUUGAAAGGAGUUUUAUGAGUGGGAAGACAAGGGAGACUCUGGCGCAUACGGGACUUAAAUGGCCGAAUGGGCUGGCUCUGGAUUUGAUCGGAAGGAGAAUCUAUUGGGUGGAUGCUCAUUACAAUAGGAUCGAGUCCAGUCGUUUCAAUGGCAACUCGCGUCGUGUUGUUAUGACAUCAUCUCAAGAUAUUCACCCGUUUGGUCUCGCUCUCCAAGGUUCUGACCUCUACUGGAGUGACUGGACUGACAAGAGCCUGUAUCAAACAUCGACAAACGACGGCACCACAACAAAAUUCAAGUCUCUGAAAAACCGACCCUUCGGCAUUGCCACUUAUAAAAAACAACAACAAAGUGGCAGCAAUGCUUGCUCAAUCAAAAAUGGCGGCUGUGAGCAUCUUUGUUUGGCCGAAGCCAAUUCUGCCAUCUGUGCAUGUAGUUACGGUCUUCUACAAGCCGACAAGAAAACGUGCAAAGGUCAAGAAAAAUACUUUCUGGUGACUGAUACAAACGCGAUUCGUGGCUUGUCUUUCAGUCCCAACGAGAACAAAAUGGUGGAUGCUAUCCAGUCGAUAGACUUUGACUAUAGCACGACAUCACUGGAAAUCGAUGUGAAGACAAACAACAUGUUUGUUGGUGAUGCGAAGAACAAAGUCAUCAGGAAGAUACAACCAGAUGGUAGCCAGAGGGUAAUUUUGAGUGGAAUUGCUGUGAUCGAAGGCCUCGGUUAUGACUGGACGACAGACAAUUUGUACUUCGUGGACAGUGGCCACGAUGUGAUCGGAGUGGCAGCAGUCUACAGACAUAUGCAUAAAAUAUUGAUCGGUAGCAAUUUAGAUCAACCAAGAAGCAUAGUGCUUGAUCCAGAAAGAGGAAUGAUGUAUUGGACGGAUUGGGGAGCACAGGCAAAGAUUGAACGAGCUGAUAUGAGUGGUGGUGCUCGUCAAACUCUUGUCAAUAAGAACUUGGGUUGGCCCAAUGGCAUCACACUAGACCAUCAAACACAGAAAGUCUACUGGGUCGAUGCCUAUUACGACCGGGUUGAAAUGUGUAAUGUCGAUGGCAGUUCUCGUUCUGUUCUCAUUGAUACAACGUCCAUUCAUCCGUUUGGACUUUCCAUCUAUAAGAAUCAGCUUUUCUGGACCGACUGGAAGGUGAAGUCGAUCGUUCAUUUAGACAUCAGCAGUGGCAACUACACUAGCCUUGACAUUCAGUUUCCAUCUCUGACAAAGCCGAGCGCUAUUGUUGUACGGGAUCCAGUACUUCGGAAUGGCAAUUCAACGUGUUCAAUUAAUAACGGCAACUGCAAGCAGCUCUGCUUGCCUAUUCCAUCAGGUCGCCGCUGUGGUUGUACAGCAACGCGUGCUGCUGACUGUUACCCACAGUUUCUUGUACGUCCAACAGACUUAACAGCAGCAAGAGGACAAACAGUCACCUUUUCUUGCAGUGUAGCCUCUGCUACUUCAAGUGGAAUCCCACUUGUACGUGUCAGUUGGCUGAAAAAUGGACGGUCUAUCAAGAAAAUAAAAGGAAAGCAGUUGGAUAAUGGAGACUUUCCUCUUGUCAUUCCCAGAGCUUCUAUAGUAGACGUAGGUCAUUAUGAGUGUAGAGUAACAAAUCAGUAUGGACUUGCAAAAGCAAAGGCAUCUCUCACAGUACAUUUAGGUCCUCCUCCGGUUAUUGGCACAACUUCAAUGCCAGAAACAACUACAAUGCCAGCCACAACUUCGGUGCCAGUCACUACUUCAAUGCCAUUCACUACUUCGAUGCCAGACACAUCUUCGAUGCCGGACACAAUGUCGAUGCCGGCCACUACUUCGAUGCCGGACACGACUUCGAUGCCGGACACAUCUUCGAUGCCGGCCACAACGUCGAUGCCGGCCACUACUUUGAUGCCGGACACGACUUCGAUGCCGGACACAUCUUCGAUGCCGGACACGACUUCGAUGCCGGACACAUCUUCGAUGCCGGACACGACUUCGAUGUUGGACACGACUUCGAUGUUGGACACAUCUUCGAUGCCGGCCACAACGUCGAUGCUGGCCACUACUUCGAUGCCAGCCACUGCUUCGAUGCCAGAAACAACUUCAAUUGUAGAGACAGAAGAAGUGACGAGUACACUGACAGGUCAUGACACAGUGACUGCCAUUGUCUCAACUGAUACUAAAGUAACCUUCACUGAUGCAGUUGCAUCUACUUCCUCCUCCGGUGCUGCUAUUAGAACAACAUCUGUUCCUGAUUCGACCUCCAAAACUAGUGACACGACUACAAUGAUGCCUACGACACAAACUUCUAAUCAAGCGAGUCAAUCUUUCUCGCCUAGUCCAGCUGUAACAGUCCAUGAUUCUACAGCAACCUCUCAAGCCACAACUCCCAAUACAGGCCUACACAUACCAACAGCAUAUGACAGUAUAGAAUGUAAACCAAUUGUUACUGUUAGUGAAAUGUCUAUGAAUCCUCUAACUGAUGUUAAUAUUUCAGUUGAGCCCAAUGACAAAUUCCAGACUGCUAUUACUGCUUCCGUGUCUAUACUCUCAGCAAAUCAAGAAAAACAAUCGACAGGACUUUCACCAGGAAUGGCAGGAGGACUGAUAGGAGGUGUCAUUUUCUUAGUGAUUAUCAUUGCUAUUGCUGUAUCUGCAACAUUCUACUGGAAACAGAGGAGAAAAUUUCCUAUUACUCCAACGACUCACAGAGAUCUUGAAUCCACGUUUUCUAAUCCAAACUAUCAGACCAAUGGGAAGCAGUUCCCACUAUGCACAAUUCCUGUUAACAUCUAUGAAGGAGAGGGUGAGCCUGUAUAUGAUGAAAUAAAGACCGGUGAAGCAUCCAAUGGACAAACAUGUGAAAAACAAGAUGAAAACCAUGGCUACAAUGAAAUAAAGGCUACUGCAGCACCAAGUGGACAAGAACAAGAAAAACACGUUGAAAACCAUGACUACGACGAACUAAAGGCUGCUGCAGCCCCAAAUGGACAAGAACAAGAAAAACACAUUGAAAACCACGACUACCAAGUUGUGGGCAUCAAGAAAGGAAAGUCAUCACAGGAAGACCCCGAAGCAGAUGUGGUGCAGUAUGAAACCUGUUUUCAAGAAAAUGUUGGAUACACAGACAUGAACCCUGAAUAUAUGACGAUGACAUUGGAUGUCAAAAGCAAGUUCUACCCGUUGCUUGUGGUGGCGGAGAAGUCACGCCUCGAGAUUCUAUCCGCUGACGGAAAUGUCUCCUCAGCGGGCCUCUUUUCGCCUUCCUCGCUACCUGUUGCCAUCGAUGUGACGACCGCAGGGGAAAGACUAUUUUGGAGCGACAAAUGGUCGGAGACCAUAUCGUCCAGCCGUUUGAAUGGCAGCGACAGCAAAGUAGUCGUGAGGAAACUGUCGGCUCCCGACGGUCUGGCUAUUGAUUGGAUAUCCAAUCAACUUUUUUUCACUGAUGGCGAGCUGAAUGCCAUCGGAGUGAGCGACUUUGUUGGUCGACACACCAUCAUCAUCCUUGAUGAUUUGGAUAAACCGAGAGCGAUUGCCGUGGAUCCCGAGGGUGGAUACAUCUAUUGGACGGAAUGGGGUGCGACGCCCAAGAUUGAAAGGAGUUUUAUGAGUGGGAAGACAAGGGAGACUCUGGUGCAUACGGGACUUAAAUGGCCGAAUGGGCUGGCUCUGGAUUUGAUCGGAAGGAGAAUCUAUUGGGUGGAUGCUCAUUACAAUAGGAUCGAGUCCAGUCAUUUUGAUGGCAAAUCGCGUCUUGUUGUUAUGACAUCAUCUCAAGAUAUUCACCCGUUUGGUCUCGCUCUCCAAGGUUCUGACCUCUACUGGAGUGACUGGACUGAUAAGAGCCUGUAUCAAACAUCGACAAACGACGGCACCACAACAAAAUUCAAAUCUCUGAAAAACCGACCCUUCGGCAUUGCCAUUUAUAAAAAACAACAAAGUGGCAGCAAUGCUUGCUCAAUCAAAAACGGCGGCUGUGAGCAUCUUUGUUUGGCCGAAGCCAAUUCUGCCAUCUGUGCAUGUAGUUACGGUCUUCUACAAGCCGACAAGAAAACGUGCAAAGGUCAAGAAAAAUACUUUCUGGUGACUGAUACAAACGCGAUUCGUGGCUUGUCUUUCAGUCCCAACGAGAACAAAAUGGUGGAUGCUAUCCAGUCGAUAGACUUUGACUAUAGCACGACAUCACUGGAAAUCGAUGUGAAGACAAACAACAUGUUUGUUGGUGAUGUGAAGAACAAAGUCAUCAGGAAGAUACGACCAGAUGGUAGCCAGAGGGUAAUUUUGAGUGGAAUUGCUGUGAUCGAAGGCCUCGGUUAUGACUGGACGACAGACAAUUUGUACUUCGUGGACAGUGGCCACGAUGUGAUCGGAGUGGCAGCAGUCUACAGACAUAUGCAUAAAAUAUUGAUCCGUAGCAAUUUAGAUCAACCGAGAAGCAUAGUGCUUGAUCCAGAAAGAGGAAUGAUGUAUUGGACGGAUUGGGGAGCACAGGCAAAGAUUGAACGAGCUGAUAUGAGUGGUGGUGCUCGUCAAACUCUUGUCAAUAAGAACUUGGGUUGGCCCAAUGGCAUCACACUAGAUCAUCAAACACAGAAAGUCUACUGGGUCGAUGCCUAUUACGACCGGGUUGAAACGUGUAAUGUCGAUGGCAGUUCUCGUUCUGUUCUCAUUGAUACAACGUCCAUUCAUCCGUUUGGACUUUCCAUCUAUAAGAAUCAGCUUUUCUGGACCGACUGGAAGGUGAAGUCGAUCGUUCAUUUAGACAUCAGCAGUGGCAACUACACUAGCCUUGACAUUCAGUUUCCAUCUCUGACAAAGCCGAGUGCUAUUGUUGUACGGGAUCCAGUACUUCGGAAUGGCAAUUCAACGUGUUCAAUUAAUAACGGCAACUGCAAGCAGCUCUGCAUGCCUAUUCCAUCAGGUCGCCGCUGUGGUUGUACAGCAACUCGUGCUGCUGACUGUUACCCACAGUUUCUUGUACGUCCAACGGACUUAACAGCAGCAAGAGGACAAACAGUCACCUUUUCUUGCAGUGUAGCCUCUGCUACUUCAAGUGGAAUCCCACUUGUACGCGUUAGUUGGCUGAAAAAUAGACGGUCUAUAAAGACAAUAACAGGAAAGCAGUUGGAUAAUGGAGACUUUCCUCUUGUCAUUCCCAGAGCUUCUAUAGUAGAUGUAGGUCAUUAUGAGUGUAGAGUAACAAAUCAGUAUGGACUUGUAAAAGCAAAGGCAUCUCUCACAGUACAUUUAGGUCCUCCUCCGGUUAUUGGCACAACUUCAAUGCCGGAAACAACUACAAUGCCAGCCACAACUUCGGCGCCAGUCACGACUUCGAUGCCGGCCACAACUUCAAUUGUAGAGACAGACGAAGUGACAAGUACAAUGACAGGUCAUGACACAGUGACUGCCAUUGUCUCAACUGAUACUAUAGCUGUAACAAUCCAUGAUUCUACAGCAACCUCACAAGCCACAAUUCCCCAUACAGGCCUACCAACAGCAUAUGACAGUAUAGAAGUUGAGCCCAAUGACAAAUUCCAGACUGCUAUUACUGCUUCCAUGUCUAUACUCUCAGCAAAUCAAGAAAAACAUUCAACAGGACUUUCACCAGGAAUGGCAGCACUGCGACUGAUAGCAGGUGUCAUUGCCUUAGUGAUUUUCAUUGCUAUUGUUGUAUCUGCAACAUACUACUGGAAACAGAGGAGAAAAUUUCCUAUUACUCCAAUGACUCACAGAGAUCUUGAAUCCAAAUUUUCUAAUCCAAACUAUCAGACCAAUGGGAAGCAUUACCCAUUAUGCACAAUUCCUGGUAACAUCUAUGGAGGAGAGGGUGAGCCUAUAUAUGAUGAAAUAAAGACCGGUGAAGCAUCCAAUGGACAAACAUGUGAAAAACAAGAUGAAAACCAUGGCUACAAUGAAAUAAAGGCUACUGCAGCACCAAGUAGACAAGAACAAGAAAAACACGUUGAAAACCAUGACUACCAAGUUGUGCUCAUCAAGAAAGGAAAGUCAUCACAGGAAGACCCCGAAGCAGAUGUGGUGCAGUCUGAAACCUGUUUUUCAGAAAAUGUUGGAUACACAGACAAUGAACCAUAAAUUGGAUGUCAACGCAGUGAUACAACUGACUGUUGAAACUCGUCAUACUUGCAGUCUAUGGAAAUAACAAAUUCUGGGAAACAUGGUAGAAUAGAUUAUUAAACACAGCAGAUUUUGAAAGGAAGUAGAUUUCAAAUAGUACUGUUUGUCUUGGGUAAUGUCCUUUUUUCUGAUUUUCUGAUUUGCCACAUGUAUGCUUGGCAUUUUUGACUGUAUAUACUGCAUUCAAAAUUCAUGUAGAAU